AUGGAGUCCCAACCCGGUGUGAUCCCGUCAAUUAGCUAUGCUGAGCUUUUUCACGACGACUCUGAUACAAGAUAUGCGGCCACUAUACAGCUCAUACAAGCUCUAAAAGCCCAUGGGGCCUCCGCCGACUGCUCGAAUUCGGGGGCAACAACCAAGUCCCGGUUUGUUCCAUUCGCAAGCGAGAAGAUCCGUGGAGAAGCACAUCGGAGUGAAGCCGUGGAACUCCAAUAUGGUGUUUACGAAUCGGCAGGGAAUUGGUCCCAGCAAGGAAGACGACUGGCAGAUGCCUCGAGACUCUUCCAUGAGCUACGCUAUUAUGCCAAUUGCACCGCAAAACAUUCCGAAUGCAACCGCAUCGUGUUUAAUCUUCUGGACUGCUUAUCUUCGUCCCUGAAUCUGCCUCGGUCCUUAAGCACCAUCCACAGCAAACAAAACUCCUUCUUCGCUCCAUAUCACUACCGCUUCGAAGAUGACCAAGAAGACAACAAUCCCCUCCGCGUGCCUCCGCACAUCGGCCCAACGACCAUGCUCUUCUGCUUUCAAGACUCAUACGCUGGCCUCGAAGUCGCUGACCUUAGUAAUCAGUCUGGCAAGCUAUCCACAACGGCCAUCGAAAAGACUGCCAUCUUCACUCCGACGAACCCCCAGCCUAGUGAAUUCGUUCUUCUGGUCGGCCAUGUUUUGAGGAGACUGGUUAAUGGGGUGAAACAUUCUGUACAUCGCAUCAAGCGACCAGUAGGUACAUCGGGGUAUCAUUUGAAUUACUGGAUAAUUCCGGACUUGAAUACGGACUGCGAUUUUGCGGAUAAAAAGGAAGAUGUGACUGGGUAUUUGGCAAGGGUGUUUCCGGCGGCACUGCAAAAUACUGUCCAGGUAUAG